UUCUUUUAUUGUUGUUGUUGUUGGUGUUGAAUGGCGAUUCUGUCUGCGCGCGUUGGUGUGGCUGUGACUGCCAUUACAGCACUCGCGCUGACCGACGUCUUCCGCGAGCACCAAUGGCAGUUCUAUCCUUCCGUCGUUCGACUGUCCAAGAGCAGCCCUUACAUGACGCUCAUCUUUGUCCAGUUGCUCGUCUUCCUCUUCAUCUUUGGCGCCAUCCUCUGCAAGAUCUUCUUUGGUCAAAUCCGUCCGAUCGAGAGCGAACAUCUCUACGAACGCUCGUGGUUUGCGUGGACGGAGGCCUGUCUCGUCAUGACCGUCUUCCGUGAAGAGUUCAACGUUCGCUUUGUUGCCUUCUUCACAGUGCUUCUGUUUGUCAAGUCGUUCCACUGGCUGGCCCAGGAGAGGGUCGAUUAUAUGCAACAAAGCCCAGUCAUCUCAAAGCUCUUCCAUUUGCGUAUCAUCUCUGUGACGUUGCUCCUGGCUGCGGUGGACUCUGCGUUCAUUCUCUACGCUGUCGAAGAGCUGCUUGCCAAAGGCAUCACCAUGCAGAUCAUGUUUGGAUUUGAGUACGUUGUGCUUGGAAUUUUGCUCUUCUCGACGUUUGUCAAGUACGUCCUGCAUAGCAUCGAGUCGCGCCGCGAAAACCCAUGGGACGAAAAAUCGACCUACUUGUUCUAUCUUGAGCUUGCAUGUGACUUUGUCAAGCUCAUCCUGUAUCUCAUGUUCUUCUUUGUCAUUGUGCAAAACUACGGUUUGCCAAUCCACAUCUUCCGCGACCUGUACAUGACCUUCCGCUCGUUCAUGCGCCGCAUGCGUGAUUUCUUCCGCUUCCGCCGCGCAACCGCCAACAUGAACGAGCGCUACCCAGAUGCCACGCGCGAGGAGCUGGCUGCUGUUGAUAAUGUUUGCAUUAUUUGUCGCGAAGAAAUGACCGCCGCCAAGCGGUUGCCUUGCGGCCAUGUCUUCCACCUUCACUGCCUGCGCUCGUGGCUCGAGCGUCAGCAAACCUGCCCUACGUGCCGCGCUCCCGUUCUGGAAGGUGCGCCGGGAGCACCGCAACAGGGCGCAGCCCCUGGACAAGCCGGCGUCGCCGCUCCACCAGGUGCUGCUGCGGCUGCUGCUGGUGCUGUUCCGGGUCGGCCAGCUGCGGCGGGAGUCGUCGGUGCGCACGCCCAAGCUGCGCCCGCUCCAUUACCGCGCGCCGUUCAUCCAGGCGCUCCAGCCGAUGUGGCUGUACCACGCCCUGCCGGUGCAGUCUCUGCUGCAGCUAAUCCUGCUCAGGGGCUGGCUCCGCAGCCGUCUACUACGGCUGCAGCUUCCACGAGCACUGCUCCUUCUGCUGCUGCCGCCGCCGCCUCCACGUCCGGCGCCGUUCCUGCAACACCCGCCGCAUCUGCAGUGCCGUUGGGACAGUUCGGAUCUGCAACGCCUCACAUCGUUCAUCCAACACACCCGGCAUUCACUCCAUUCGUUCAUGCUCCGCCAAACCUCAGCGCGCCUCCGCUCGUCGCACCAUCGCCGUUCUUGCCUCCACAACAGGCCUUGCAUCCUGGCGCGUUUGGUCCGCUUGCUCACUUGCCAGGAGGUGCGUUUGGCCCGCCUUUUGCACCUGCUCCUGGACUUUUCGGCGGAAUGUGGGGUGCCGCGACUCCGCUUGGGACCUUGCCGCCUGCCAGUCAGCUGGAACACCUUUCGACCGAACAUCUUCAAUUGCUCGAGGGCAACGAGCGCACAAGUCUGCUCGCACGCCUCGAGCAUCUUCGAACGCUGCAGCGCUACAUUGAUGCGCUCGUGUUGAAUUUCGCCUUAUAUGAGUCUGUUGCUCCUCCCAGGGCACCUUUGCCACACAUGCCUCCAGCAGUAGCAGCAGCACCCGCGCCUGCAAGUACGUUCCAAGCCCAACCUUCUUCUCAGUCGUCGGUUCAUCCCGGCGGCCUUUUUGCAACUCCAACCGCAGCCGCUCGCCCCGCCCCACCACCAACUGGCCCUCUGGCUGCUACUAGUGCUGCACUCUCUACCGACUUGUUUGCGGAUAUAAACCGCAAGGAGCCUGCUGCAGUGCCGGAAGCUGCUGCUGUGUCGGAAGCUGCUGCUGUGUCGGAAGCUGCUGUCUCGCCUUCGCUUCCUCCAACAUCAAAUGCUGUCGAGAGUGCAUCGCUAGCGACGCCUGCAUCGUCCUCCGGGAUAGCUGGGACAGCAGCCGCUGCCCCGACCCUCAAAAUUCCAGAGGCCUCUGCUUCACAACCAGUAUCUACUUCUUCGGUUUCGUCUCCCUCGGCAGCCGCUGAUCCAGAGCCCGCUAGUCCCAGUCCGGCUACAGCCGCUACCGAACCUGCUGCCACACCCUCCACUCCAACUCCAGACGAGGUGAUGCGCCAGCAACGGCUCCGGCGCUUUGCGUCCGCCAAUUCGCCACCUUCCACUUCUCUCAAUGAAUAAUGUGCCGAGCCGCUCUCAACAAUACAUGAUUUCGACUUGCUA